AUGGCUCUAGAUCAAAAUGAUAAGCUCAAGGCUCCUCACAAGGCGAGACCUUUGCGCGUGAUUGACCUCUGUACUGGCACAGGAUGCAUACCACUUCUGCUGCAUGCACUACUUGCUCCUCAUUUUCAAUUGGAAAUUACAGGGGUGGACAUCAGUCUUCCGGCAUUAAGGCUAGCUCAGAAGAAUCUCGAGCAUAAUCUGCAACUGGGCCAAUUGACACACAGCGCGGCGACAAGUAUCUGCUUCCACCGCGCUGACGUCCUGGGACAUGAAGACGAUGAUUUAAUACCGUCGGUCGAGACAAUAUUGAAGACCCAGUCGAUCAGAUCACCGCCAGACCAACACAGUGGGUAUGAUCUGUUAAUAUCCAACCCGCCAUACAUAUCCCAAAUGGAGUUCUGCAACGGCACUACUGCACGUAGUGUACGGCGGUUUGAGCCCAAAUUGGCGCUUGUUCCCCCACACUUGGGCUUCGAGAAGGAAGACUGCAGACCGGAAGAUAUCUUCUACCACCGUAUUCUCACUCUGGCAAUCAAGCUGAGGGCUAAGAUCACGGUGGUUGAAUGUGGUGAUAUUUCCCAGGCAAAUCGGGUUGUUGCUCUUCAUAAGCGAAUUGCUUCUGGAGAAUCCGGUCAGUUCAGUGCGGAAGUUUGGCCAAGCCAAGAGCGGGAUUUGGCUCAAAAUGGAUUUCAUGUUACUGAUGGAUCGCGAGGUGUUAUUAUACAGAGAUUGCCCUAG